AUAACAUGAUGAAGGAUUGUUUUAAGAAGCAGAGGCAGAGUAAUAUAUUACUAUAUGUAAGUUGUCAGGUUAGUGUAGCUAGCGGCCAUGCGUAACGUCGCUAUACGCAUUUAGCUCUUGUAUGCCAAAAAGUAGGAAGAAAAGGCUUUGAACAAGAUUCGUUGCCACUCUGCUCGGAACUUCUGUUCGGGUGCAUUUUCACACGGAAGACUAUUAAUGUAGCUGCCUGAUGUCGGUGAGGUCACGUGUGUUUUGAAAAGUUUAUACGCAUGGAACAGAAACAAAACGAGUUUCACGCCGCGGCUCACAGCAUUUGAACGUGUCGAUAAAUCCUCCACUGCUUCCAGCCUUUGGUUUAUUUUAAGACUUGCUAGGUUUUUGGCAACGUUAGCUAUCUUUUUUGGCUAACAUUAUCUUGUAACUUCCUGACGCUGUGGACAGUAGGGGCUCGAUUUCGCACGAGGAUUGAACCGAUUUCGGUUUAUACGUUAAUUUCAGUUACACGUUGUGUUAGCAGAUUCGGUUGAAUCCGAGUUGUGCAGCGUGGUCAAGCAGACGUGUCGUUAAAAAUGGUGUUCUUCACCUGCAACGGCUGUGGUGAAUCCCUGAAAAAGGCUCAGGUUGAUAAACACGUGAACAUGUGCCGGGGCUGCCAGGUCCUGUCCUGCAUCGAUUGUGGAAAAGACUUUUGGGGUGAUGACUACAAGAACCACAUUAAAUGUAUCAGUGAAGAUCAGAAGUAUGGAGGCAAAGGUUACGAGGCCAAGGCAAACAAAGGAGAUGUGAAACAGCAGCAGUGGAUACAGAGGGUCCACGAAGCCAUGAACAAACCUGGAGUCAGUGCGAAGCUAAAGGAUGUGCUCAAACAAGUCAGUACGUAUGAUAACGUCCCAAGAAAGAAGGCAAAGUUUCAGAACUGGAUGAGAAACAGUCUUAAAAUAGCUAACACCAAUCUUCAUGAGGAAGUGUGGGACAUCCUCGCUGCAGCUGACAGUCCUCCCGAGGCCCCCCAGGAGACUGCAGAAGCUAAACAGACCGUGGCUGAAGUCACAGCGGAUACUAAUGGAAAUGGAAAGCAGAACGGCCAUCCAAAUGGCGAGAAGAAGAAACUGAACAAACGGGAGCGUAAAGAAGCCCGUCAGCAGAAGAAUGGGAAGGCUGUGAAAGGUGCUGAAAAGACAGAGGAAGAGGAGGCAGGCAAAAAGAAAAAAAAAGACAGAAAAAGGAAGCACAGCUGUGAGGAAGAUGGAGAUGAAGAGCAGAACAGACACAGUGCUGAAAAUGAGACGUCCAGCAAGAAAAAAAAGACAAUUGACCAAGCUGCAGAGGAGACUGAGGAGACUGAGGAUCAAGCCGUUCCCAAAGGCAAAUUUAACUGGAAGGGAAAUAUCAAGGCAGUACUGAGAGAAUCACCUGACCAGGAACUGCCAGUAAAGAAACUCAGGAAGAAGGUUUUGGCAGCGUACUACUCUUUCACUGGUGAGAGAAAUUUUAAAACCGAGGAGGAUGUGCUAGCACUUUUCAACAAGAAGAUCAACAACAAUCCCAAAUUUAAAGUCUUGAAAGACAGAGUUAGACUUUUAAAGUAGAUGUGUUUGUCUCACCUGUCUGGCAUGAAAUGUAUGUUGUCCAUAGACUUAAAAAAAUGUAAAGGCUAAUGUUGUCUGUCAUCCUCUGUUGGAUGUUUUUAUACAGGUGACAUAAUCUCUGAGAUUAAAUAAUUUUAUAACUGAAUUACGUGUCCUGUUCCUGUUCAGUUGUUUUGCCAAUUGCAGUGGUUAAAUCAGCAUGAGGAAGACUUUUACAAAUUACCUUACGACUUGUCAGUGUUGUUUAAUGUAUAAAAUGACAAUUGUGAC